AUGGAUUUCCAGCUGAAAGGGUUCCUGCUGCAGUUGCCUCACCACUACGUAAGAUUCUCUGCUCGUGGCUUUUUCCAGAUCCACAACGAGACUCUCACAUCGGAAACAUGUUUCUCCAAGAUCACGAAAAUAAAGACUCUGAUGAACCAGUACUGGAUGCUGUGUGACGCCGUACACCAGGCUAACGACUUCUACUGCGAUCAGCUGAUGGCCGUUAUGUUCUCCUCAUUUUUCCACGUCACUAUCAAGUCCUACUUCUUCUUCUUGCUAAUUAGAGAUGGUAACGUGUUCGCCUCCACUACAGAGGCGGCCCUGGGUUCUGACCCACAUCUGCUAUGCGGUUCUGAUGGUUACCUCAAGCACGGAAAGUCGCUAUCUCGCUAUGUCAGCAUGCUACUGUUGGACUGGACCCAACUUACCGUUAUCCUUAAUUUCACACAUGUGGCUCAAAAUAUUGCAAUGGGGUUUAGAAUGGUUAGUGUCAAGAUGAAAGAGGAGAUUGCCUGCAACAUAAUUGAACGAAUGGGGAUGAACCGUGGUCAAUCUAAUGUUGAAAUUGCUCAUGGAACACGCACUACACUGUCCAAGAUAGAGAAACUGAAGACUCUGAUGAACACUUACUGGAUGUUGUGUGACGCCGUACACCAGGCUAAUGACUUCUACUGCGAUCAGCUGAUGGCCGUUAUGUUCUCCUUAUUCGUCCACGUCACUAUCAAGGCCUACUUCUUCUUCUUGUUCCUCAGAGCUGGUGAGGUGUUCGCUAUGAUUUCAGAGGCAGCCUGGGUCCUAGUUUACAUCUGCUAUGCGGUUCUACUAGUGAACUCAGGCACAGACGUCACUAACUCGGCUGAUGAAAUGAGGCUGGUGAUUUGCCAGUUGGUAAACAAAGAUCUGAACCCAAGCUUAAGGAAACAGCUGGAAGUGUUUCUGCUGCAGUUACUUCAUCACAAUACAAAAUUUUCCGCUCGCGGGUUUUUCCAGAUCCACAACGAGACUCUCACAUCGAUGGCCGGAGCGGUAACAACUUACCUGGUGAUACUGAUCCAGUUCCAGACCGAGCGACAAACUACAUAA